UGCUUCGGCGCCAGACGGCAGUGGGUUGUACGAGAGGACCCCCGGGUGGGCCAGAUUGGCUGGCGGGGACUAGCGGGCUGAGCAGUGAGGAUGGUUCCCGCUGGAGAGUCCGAGCGGAGAGCUCCCCGGGGGACCCCCCACCCCCUCCGAAGCGCAGCCUUCCAGCCAAGCAGCAAGGGCUGAAAGGUGGACCCCAGGGGCCAUCUAAGCCAACUCCCUCAUCUCACAGAAGGGGAAACUGAGUCCCGGAGUCGUGGGGCGGCUCUCAGCCUCCAGCCCAGGGAGGGCCAUUCGGGCCGACUCCCAAAGUGCCCCUGGAUUCUGGGCUCGGUGCCCAUCCCCCUCACUUUACAGGGGAGGAGACUGAGGCUCGUGCGCUCCUCAGGCCGCCGCUGCGGGUCAGACUCCGGAAUGGUCCCCAGCACGGGGCCCUGGGGCGUCCUCUGAGGGUGGCUGCACGGGCAGCGAGAGGCCGCUUGGCUAGUUGAUGUUCCGGCCAUAGGACAACACAGUUAGAGGGAUUUGGGACUGGUUUAAUCCAGAGGAGUCGGGAAUGAGCCCUGGAGACCUCUGCUUGGUCCUGCCCUCCAGAUUCACAAGAGACCCUAGGGAUCAUCCGGGCCAGCGCUUCUUAAACGCUUUCCGCUCCCGAGCCCUUUUGGCCAAGACAUUUUUCCAUAAAAUGGGCGGACAAAUCGAACGUUAACUAAUAAUAAAUCAUAGUUUUGGGACCCCUACAUUGAGACCCAUGUGGAGUCUUAAGAAUCUUUGACCCAGUCUCUCCCUCCAUUUGACAAGUAAUGAAACUGAGGCUGGGGGUUUGUUUCUUCGGAAGGAGGGCUUUGCUCUCCUGAGGUUGCCUGCCCCAUCUCCAGUUCAUUUUUAUACACUUUUGAUCCAACCAAACCCUACUAAUGAGCCCCCCCACUCCCAACCUGCCAGCUUCCUCCUCCAUUCCCUUAAGCAGCUCAUUUCCAGCGCCUAAAAUGUACUCUCCCCUCACGCCUGCCUUUCAGACUCCUUUAGGACUCAGGUCCGGUUCUCCCUGCCCUCAGAAGCCUUCUCGGUUGCCCCAAUGCCGGGACAAAAUAUUUCUCCCUUUGUUAGAAUCCUAGUGUUAACUCAAUGUAAUUGAUACAAGGCUUGUGUUCACACCUCUACUCAUUGGAGUUCACACAUUUGGGAGACUUCAGGGUUUAGUAUGAGAUAUCCAAAUUCCCACCUCCCUUGAACCUCUUAGGGCCAGAGAGCACUAUGGGAAAAAACCCAUAACCCCUCUCUCUGAUAUAUAAGAAGAAAGCAGAGGCCCAAUUAGAGAGAGAUUCAUUCCAUUUUCCACUUGGCUGGCUGGUGGCAGAAGAGAGUUCAGCUGAAUUUAGAUUGAGAGGGAGCGUCAAGUGAGUUCAGCCAGAAGCCCUCUCUGAGUGAGGAGUUUUACUUCGGAACAUUGACUGGGGUCAGAGAGGAGACUCUGGGAGAUUGAGAGCCAGAAGCCUCUCUCAAAGGCAAGACAGAUUCACCUUUGUGCUGGCUGGAGGCUGAAGGACAAACCUUUGGAGACAUUCGGAGGGAGCUCUUGGAACCAAGCAGAGAGAGAGGCCUCUAAGCUAACCGGGCUAUAUUGGAGCAAUAAAACAUCUGAACUUUUAUCAUCUGGCUGCAUUUGGGAUAAUUAUUGAUCUGAACUGAUAUUAAGGCUGCCUCCAGAAAACCUCCCCGAGAAACCUGCUUUCUCCCAGAGAGAACCAUCUCAUUAUAUUAUUUUAAAGAAGAACAAGAACUCCAACAUCCCUUCUCUAACAUUCUUAGAACUCUUCGCUGGAUUUUUCCUUUUUCUCCAUCAUAUGUAGCCUUCUUUCCAUUCUCAUGUACCGUUCUAACCAACUUCUUCCUGACUCCUCCCCAUUGAAGGUACUGUCUGCUGAUGAUGGAGGAAGAGGAGGAGGAAGAGGAUGAUGAAGAAAGCUGGCUUCGACUCCGACCCACUGAACCUUUGCCUUCUCAAUGCUGCGGCUGUGGCUGCAAACCCUGCAUAUUUGACAUCUAUUAUCAGGAGCUGGAUCGGUGGGAAAAAGCCCGGGCCAAGAAGGAUAAAAGUCUCCUGUGGAGAAAGAAGGAGGAGCCUUGUCUCUCAGAGCUGAGCCAGGAAACCUUCGAGGCCUUCCGCAUCAGCGCCAUGGAGCAGCUGACGGAUGACACCUGCCAGGUCCGCUUCGAGCUGCCCGAGAGCAGGCGGCUGGGGCUGAGCCCGGGACAGCAUCUCAUCUUACAGGGGACCGUGAAUGGCUUGGAAGUCCAGAGAGCCUAUACGCCGAUCAGCUGUGGGAACGCGGAGGGCUAUUUUGAAGUUUUAAUUAAGUGCUACGAGACGGGGCUCAUGUCCCAGCAUGUCAAGUCCUGGAAAGUUGGCGAUAUGGCGUUUUGGCGAGGACCUUUUGGGGGCUUCCCCUACAAACCAAACCAGUACGGCGAGCUUCUCAUGCUGGCGUCGGGCACGGGCCUGGCCCCCAUGCUGCCCAUCCUGAAGGAGAUCACAGCCAACGAAGCGGACGAGACCUUUGUCACCUUGGUCGGCUGCUUCCGGACCUUCCGGGGCAUCUACCUGAAGCCUCUCCUGGAGGAGCAGGCUCGUUACUGGAACGUCCGAACAGUCUUUGUGCUCAGUCAGGAAGCCACCCUGGAUGCGCUGCCCUGGAGUUACCAGGAGAAGACGCACUUGGGCCGCCUGAACGAGGCCCUGGUGCGGCAGCUGGUGGGCUCCUGCCGCCGGAAGCCCUUCGCCCUGGUCUGCGGCUCGCCCCAGUUCCUGCAGGACAUGGCUGCCUGUUUGCGGGGGGCCGGGCUGACCGAAGACUCCUACUUCCUGUUUUAGCCUGGCUGGCCAUGGGGGAAGGGGAGAAGGCAGAGAGAGGGGUCCCGGGCCCCUCGGACCCCUGCACUUUAUAGCUGAGGAAACGUGACCCAGAGAGGGUGGGACUUUGGGUUAGGGCAGCCCUAGGGGAAGCAAACCCCGCAGAAAGGAUGCGGAGCCAGAGGCAGAGGGCCCGAGCUCGCAGCUGCCCAGCACCCCUGAGAAACGUGAUCAGCUUCCACUCGCAGACCUGUAGUGAUGGGGAGCUCACUAUCUCUCGAGGGAGUCCCAUCGACAGCCCCAGGUAUUAGAAGAUUUUUCUGAGCUGAAGGCUGCCUGGGUCCAGAUUCUGUUCUCCAAUCCUUAAAGACAAAGGUACCCUCUGAAUUUUCUUAUCUCCAGACUAAACUUCUAAGGGUCCUUCACACAGGGCACAGUCUCUGCCUUUAAUUCUGCCUUCGGGGCCAAGUUGGGAAUCAGGAUCUCAGGGUAGGGAGGGAUGCCGGGGCCUCUCAGCUGCUGCUGCCUGAGCAGGAGUCCGCAAGUACUCAGCCGUCAUGCUGGGAUACUUCUCAUGAUGGAGAUCUCACUACCUUUCAAGCAGCUCCUUCCAGCCCCAGCCAGCUCUGAUAUAAAACAACGUGUCCUGGUCUCAGGCCGAACGAUCAGCUUCUCUUUGUACCUUCCUCCCUUGUUCCUGGGGAUGGGGUACUGGUCGGGGCUUGGAGGGAGCUUCUGGGUCAUGGGGGGCUGGGGAUAACAAGGAGGGAAGGGAAAACAAACUGCCAGGGAAUGGCAAGAGGUUGUAGGAUUUGGGAAUAAAAGGGUCUAUUCCGAACUCCUUACUUUACCAAUGGGCAGAUGGUGGCCCAAGGUCAGAGGGCAUUGGACGGCAUUUGAAUCCAGAUCUUCUCUGUCCGGUCCAGCGCGAGUUCUUCCCUCUUCACCAUGUUAGCCGUCAGCUCGCCUCAUAUCAGCUCCUUGGCUUCUUGUCAGAGGAGUGGAGGCAGGAAGCCUCCCCAGAGGGGCAAGGCCCUGUCCUGAGGGCUGGAGCCCAUUGUGAUCCAUACAGGCCGUGCCAUCUCCGGCUCUUCGAGAGCAGAGACUGCUCCUUUGUGUCCCCACACAGUUGGUGCUCAAUAAAUGCUUGUGGAUGGA